CUAGCCAUAAUCAUAUCACUGAGGAUCUGUAUCGGCGUGAUGAAGAGUCUGCCUUUCUUUUGCCGGGGAAAAGUGAUCCGGGGCUUCGGCAGAGGCAGUAAGCAGCUUGCCAUCCCCACAGCCAACUUCCCGGACUCGGUGGUGGAGCACCUGCCUGCAGACAUCAGCACAGGGAUCUACUUUGGCUGGGCCUGCGUAGGGGGCAGCGACGUGCACAAGAUGGUCAUGAGCAUCGGCUGGAACCCUUACUACAAGAACACCAAGAAAUCCAUGGAAGCACACAUCAUUCACACAUUCAAGGAGGACUUCUACGGGGAGACUCUGAGUGUGGCCAUGGUGGGCUACAUCCGCCCAGAGAGGGGGUUUGACUCACUUGGUUCACUCAUUACGGCCAUCCGCAGUGACAUUGAGGAGGCCAAGAAGCGGCUGGACCUCCAUGAAUACAGCGAGCUGAGAGAGGACAACUUUUUUACAACAGAAACAAGCCAAAUAAUGAAUGGCCACUGAGCAGAGAGAGGACUACAACCCCCCCCCCCUCCCCCCGAAACACACACACACACACACACACACACACACACACACUUCUAAAGGGGCCAGGCAUUGAACGUCUGCUCUCAUGUACUGAAGACCUUUGUUAAUUUUUGAAAAAUGUAUAUACAUCAGUGUCCCACAGUGGAUGUUUUUCAUGUAUUUAUUUGAUUGUAACUUGGCCCUUAGUCUUACAAGGCAUUAUAAGGCCUGUGUUCAGCCUGGAUUUACAAGAACAAUCCACUUGGCACUUGGUGACUGUGAAUUUACUAAAGUUUAGAUUAGAUUUGAUACUCCAAAUAUGGGUGUAGAUGGUCUGAGGACGUUUUAGUCAUUUUUCAGUGAAAAAACAAGCUCUCAUCUGACCAUUGUAGAGUCUCUGUUUGUUAUGCUGUUUGAGUGACUGACUGAAUUCCUGCACUCUGAAGUCCUUCACUCGUCUGUGUGUCAGAAUCCCUGAACUUUGGCCUCCUGCUGCUGCUGUGGCAUUAUCGUCAGACAUACAGCGGAACACUGCCAGAACCUUCUCACAGCUCAGUGACCUGAAUGGCGUCGAAAACAAGGAUUUCCACCUGAAAACCUGCUGAAUCUGUUGUGCUUGGAUUUCGUGAGCCAUACUGUACACAUGACUACAUGUGCAGUGUACACGGACCUAAGUUACACACACUGCCAUGAAGUGUGUACAUUGUAUUAUUAUAUCCAGUACACAGUGUAUUCAGGGUUUCCAUUAGCUGUUAUAUAGUGCACUUGGCUGGUAAAAAUUCAAAGUAUGCAACUCGUCUUACUUGGGUGAUGAAUGGAGGUUGUUAGUUUUAAAUCAUAACCUCUAUAGAAUAAUGGGCUUUGGUCCAGUGAAAGGCUAGUUCAUAUGCAGGCUAAUACUGCACUCUAGCAGCACAUUUGCAACCACAGAAUUUCACAUGUUCUUUGGUCUACCUUCCUAGCAAAGUCAAUUAUUCAGCCCUGUUUAGGGGAAGGACAGCCUGUGUGAGAUGCUUCUGUGGGGCAGGAGUCUGGCAGUGAGAAGCGGUGCUCAGGAGGGCAGAGUUUGAUAAGAAUCACUAGCUGCUCAGGAGAGUUAGAGGCUCUCAGUGUUGCCAGGAUAGAGCAGUGUUUCACAGACGUGAAGCUGUGGCAUAAAUAAUAGAUAAUAAUGACCAUAAUAAAUAGAUCUUAGAGCCAAUGUAGGUACAACCUUUGUCUUAGUAGCUACAGUAUUAUUGAUCUCCCAACCCAGGAAGAAUUUUCUAUCUAAUUUCAGUGAUUCAGGUGUUAAUUUCUGAAAGUAACUAGUGAACUACCUUUCAUUAAUUG